AAGAGCAGUUAAAGCAGCAGGCGUCCAGUCUCAGGUUCCUCAUUCUCUGUUUGUGUGUGGAGCGUAAAUGAGAGUAGCGCGCGCACUCGACGCUUAUAUCGCUCAGAAACUUGUCCUUUUAAAUGAGAGUUGACUACUUUUUCUGACAUUUGACAGGAAACAUGGGUUGUAAAAAAUCCAAGUUGGACGGUGACCAAACUGGAGGUGUGCUUGAAGGGAACAAACACCAGCCAGUACGUACUGACCAAACUGUAUAUGUGAGAGAUCCAACCUCCUAUAAGCCUCAUAUAAAUAAUCAGCCCUCCGGGCUCCUGCCUGGUCAGUUGUUCCAAAAAAUGGAAGAAAAGGAAAAAAUAGUCAUUGCUUUGUAUCCAUAUGACGCCAUUCAUGCUGAUGAUCUGGGCUUUAAAAAAGGAGAGAAGUUAACGAUUCUUGAAGAGCAUGGAGAGUGGUGGAAGGCAAAGUCUUUGUCCACAAGAAAGGAAGGAUUCAUUCCUUCAAACUAUGUUGCAGAAGCAGACACUAUAGAGACAGAAGAAUGGUUCUUCAAAGAUAUCACACGAAAGGAUGCAGAGAGACAGCUGCUGGCGCCUGCUAACAAACCUGGGUCAUACCUCAUCCGGGAAAGUGAAACCUCAAAAGGAAGUUAUUCUCUGUCAGUCAGAGACGUGGACGCUCAGGGGCUGGAUGUUGUUAAACAUUACAAAAUCAGAUCUCUGGAUAACGGGGGCUACUACAUCUCCCCAAAAAUCACAUUCAAUGACAUCAACAGCAUGAUAAAACAUUACCACAAACAACAAGACGGAUUGUGUCGGAAACUAGAGAAACCAUGCGAGAAGCCGAAAGCACAGAAGCCUUGGGACAAAGAUGCAUGGGAAAUCUCUAAAGAAUCCAUCAAGAUGGUGAAGAAGCUCGGGGCAGGGCAGUUCGGAGAGGUGUGGAUGGCGUACUAUAACAACAGCACAAAAGUGGCGGUGAAAACGCUGAAGCCGGGCACAAUGUCAGUGGAGGCUUUCCUAGAGGAGGCCAACCUGAUGAAAACCUUACAGCACGACCGACUCGUGCGCCUCUAUGCUGUCGUCACCAAAACUGAGCCCAUCUACAUCAUCACUGAAUUCAUGGCAAAUGGAAGCUUAUUGGAUUUCUUGAAAAGUCCAGCUGGCUGCAAAGUACAGUUACCGAAGCUAAUAGAUUUUUCUGCGCAGAUAGCUGAAGGUAUGGCCUACAUUGAGAAGAAGAAUUAUAUCCACAGAGACCUGAGGGCAGCUAACGUGCUGGUUUCAGAUAGCCUGUUGUGCAAAAUAGCUGAUUUUGGCCUUGCCAGAGUCAUUGAGGAUGACCAGUACACAGCCAGAGAAGGAGCAAAAUUUCCUAUCAAAUGGACGGCACCCGAGGCCAUCAACUACGGUUCUUUCACCAUCAAAUCCGAUAUGUGGUCCUUUGGGGUUCUCCUGUAUGAGAUUAUAACGUACGGGAAAAAUCCCUAUCCAGGCAUGAGUAACGGUGAAGUCAUGAGCUCUGUUCAGAGAGGUUACCGGAUGCCCCGUCCUGAAAACUGUCCCACUGAACUCUACGAUAUCAUGAACUCGUGCUGGAAGAGUAAACCAGACGACCGGCCCACGUUUGACUAUAUUCAGAGUGUGCUAGAUGACUUCUACACAGCCACCGAGGGCCAAUACCAGCAACAGCCAUGAGGAUGUACUGUUUCAAGAUGACCAAGAGAUCUGUGAUUUAUCUACGAAUCAGUGUACUAAUAUGUAACUAAUAAUGGGAUCAAUCUGCUUACUUGUGUGUAAGCAAGGUUCAGAUUUUCUAUUUCUACUUCAAAUUGAAGUUUUAACAACCUGUUUGUUACUUUGCUCUUCUUAUUCAGAUUUCAAUGGCUGCAUUUCAAUUUGUAAAUCAUUUUUAUGUUUCAGCGUACCCUACCAAAAGUUUCAUAGUCAUUU